ACAGAGAGGGAGGAAAAGCGCACAGCAGCCUGACGGGAGAAAGGGACAGGAGGGCAGUCCGUGGAGGACAGUGCACGGAUCUAACAGAACCACGACCGGCGGGAUUGGAUCUCGGGAGUCUGAGCAUCGUCACCCUGCCGCGACGCCGCCCUCUCUCUCUGCUCGAGCCGAGGUGCGUGCGGCGCGCCUCCGGUGGCGCAUUCGCGCGUUCGUGUGGAGUGUCCGCGGUGCGCCGUACGCCGUGCCCGAUGCCGAGCGAUGGAGGCGGCGAGGCGGCGCUGCGCCAGUGCGAGCUCCUCCAGAACAUGAUCGACAUCUCGCUGUCUAGCCUGCAGGGCCUCCGCACCAAGUGCGCCGCCAGCAACGACCUCACGCAGCAUGAGAUCCGCACGCUGGAGGUGAAGCUCAUGAAGUACAUCUGCAAGCAGCUGCAGUGCAAGCUGAAGGUUCCAGAGACCGAGCGACCGCAGGCGCUGGACACGUACCCACGCCUGGGGGACUGGCUACGCACCAUCAGCCUGAGAUCCGAGCUCAUAGAGGUGUUGCCUGUGAAGUUGUCGUUGGAUGCCUUGUUGCAGAUGCCCGGUGCUCAGGUGCGAGAGACCAUGAGGAGCCUGGGAGCCACUGCGGAGGAGUGCGUUCGGCUCUGCACCGCCCUCACCUGCUUAAAGAGUGCCACCGAAUCAGGAGAGUGUAGUGAGGACGGUGGCUGCUGGUUUUCUGCACCCACUCGACGGGACAGCGGCGGUCUCACCCCAGCGGACCAGAUCCCUUUACUUGGAAGUCUAACACGCCCUCAUAGCCCCUCCCCACUUGCCCGGCCUCCAACCACGCCCACUACACCCACUGUGCCCAGCACACCCCUCGUCCCAUGCCUUCACUCGCGGCACCUUCCAACCAACCCCGAGGCCCACAUCUACCACGGCUACGCAGAGAGCUUGACAGACCCCAGUCCAUACUACUCGUCCUGGCCUGUCCGUGUUUAUGGACACUCCUCCACCCCACCCAUAACUCCGCCCUCAAAGCGAAGGCACCGCAUUAAGCCACCCUGCACGCCGCCACCACCAUCACGCAAGGUUCUCCACGUCCUGCCCAACAUCACCCUGACACGCAGCAAGAGCCACGAGAGCCAACUGGGCCACCGUAUCGAGGACAUACCCACCAGCAAGUGUGGAAAGAAAAAUAAGCUGUUCCUGAACGUCCAGAUUAACGGUAACGCUUGCGACGAUUUGCCGUCUCGCUCCCCGCUGCUUUCCACCCGUACACACGGUGCUGUGCCAGGUACUGACCCUUACACCCUGCCAGGGACACCAACGCUGCUGGAGGAACAUGGAGGCCUGAGGAAUAACAUCACAGUCCAUCGCAGCUCUCCGCAGGCAGUGAGGAGAGACAUCGGACUGGCUGUCACUCACAGGUUCUCCACCAAGUCGUGGCUCUCGCAGACGUGUCAAGUCUGCCAGAAGAACAUGAUCUUCGGCGUAAAAUGCAAACACUGUAGGUUAAAGUGUCACAAUAAAUGCACGAAAGAGGCUCCUCCCUGUCGAAUAUCAUUCCUCCCCAUCACAAAGAUCCGGAGGACGGAGUCCGUGCCGUCGGACAUCAACAACCCCGUGGAUCGGCCGGCCGACCCGCCGCAGUUUGGCACGUUACCAAAGGCAAUAACCAAGAAGGAUCAUCCUCCUGUGCUGAAUCAGCUGGACUCCAGCAGUAACCCGUCGUCCACAACGUCCUCCACGCCAUCAUCUCCUGCCCCGUUCCAGCAGAGUAACCCCCCUAGUGCCACCCCGCCCCCCAACCCUUCACCCAAAAACCACCGUGACAACCGCUUUAACUUUCCAGCUGCCUUCUACUUUCAGCAUAGACAGCAGUUUAUCUUCCCCGAUGUGUCCAGUUCCAACAACUUUCACCCAGAAGGUCUACCAGACACAGUGACUGAGACAGAACCAUCAGAGGAGGACGUUCACGCCGAGGAGGCUGAGAACGAAGACGGAGAGGAGGAAGAUGUAGAUGAGGAGGAACAAGACGAUGCGAGCGCAGAGGAGGACGACGUGAAGGAGGAGCCCGAGGAGGAGGAAGAGGAGGAAGAGGAAGAAGAGGAGGUGAGCUUUGAAGAGUCAAACGGAGGCUCGGAUGGUGAAGGAGACGGAGAUGAGCUGGAUGAUCUGCCCAGUGCGAGAGGCCGUGGACCGUGGAAGGGUCCUGUCUCACGCAAGGCCAGUCAGACCAGCGUCUACCUGCAGGAGUGGGACAUUCCUUUUGAGCAGCUCGACCUGGGCGAGCUGAUCGGAAAGGGCCGUUGGGGACGGGUACACCGGGGCCGCUGGCACGGCGAGGUGGCCAUCCGCCUGCUCGAGAUUGAUGGCAACAAUCAGGACCACCUCAAACUUUUCAAGAAGGAGGUGAUGAACUACAGACAGACGCGGCAUGAGAACGUGGUGCUGUUCAUGGGGGCCUGCAUGGCACCUCCACACCUCGCCAUCAUCACCAGCUUCUGCAAAGGCCGGACGUUGUACUCCGUUGUGAGAGACAUGAAGAACACACUAGACAUUAACAAGACGAGACAGAUUGCCCAGGAGAUCGUGAAGGGAAUGGGUUACCUGCACGCGAAAGGCAUCGUUCACAAGGACCUAAAAUCGAAGAACGUCUUUCAUGACACCAAUAAAGUGGUAAUUGCUGACUUUGGUCUUUUUGGGAUCUCAGGAGUGGUUCAGGAAGGAAGGCGAGAGAACGAGCUGAAACUUCCCCACGGCUGGAUUUGUUAUCUGGCUCCGGAGAUUGUGCGUAAGAUGAGCCCCGGCAACAAUGAGGAUCGCUUGCCCUUUUCCAAUGCAGCUGACGUGUACGCGUUUGGCACUAUUUGGUACGAGCUGCAAGCGAGGGACUGGCCCAUCACCAACCAGCCAGCAGAGGCCACCAUCUGGCAGGUGGGCAGCGGAGAGGGCAUCAAGAACGUGCUGGCAGAGAUCAGCCUGGGCAAAGAAGUCACGGAGAUCCUGUCAGCCUGCUGGGCUUACGACCUGCGCGAGAGGCCCACGUUCACGCAGCUGGCCGACAUGCUGGAGAAGCUGCCCAAGCUCAACCGCAGGCUUUCGCACCCUGGACACUUCUGGAAAUCCGCAGAAAACUACACUAACGUCUGACAUCGUUUUGUUAUUAAUUAACGUCCUUUUCCCUUCUUCUGUUUUGCCUGUUAACAUCCUAACCUCUUGCUUUUCUCUCUUCUGUCUAACUUUCCUUUUUGCCGGCCUUUAGGUUGUAGCCGAAACACUAAAGCAAUGAAAACUAAAAGCCCCGGAUUUGCCUUGCAUGCGUCCUGAAAUACAGAACUGCGUGAACUCUGAGCAGAAUCGUGACCUGCUCCUGCUCCUGCUCCCGACGUUCAACCGUGUGAUCUUCCACCUUUGCUUGCUGUCCUCGGAGUGGAGCGCACUUUGACAAUGCACGGAUACCGAGUGACUCUUGUCUCCACCCGUUACUGAUUAUCCCCUUUGGAGUGAUGCUCUAUCAGCCUCUUUCUUCACUCUCUCCUCUCAGCGUCUUGGCCGAAUUUGGUCUUGUGAGAUGUAGCGUUUGCCCGGUGGAAUUUUUUUCGCCCUCUCGUGGCAGCCUGUCCUUCCUGUUUUGUUUUUUUUGUUUUGUUUUUUUUGUGUGCUAGGAAACAUCUUGACUUCUUCUCCCUUGUGACUGAAUGCACCGCACCCUUUCCUCCUUCUUCCUACACUUGUUUUUUUUUGGGAUCUCCUUCAACGAUGUGCACUAUUGCUUCUCAUACACAGACUCACUGGUCACGCUCUUUCUGCACAGAACGACUGUAUAAGCUGUCACACACUUCACAGUGUCCUGGUGCCUGAUGACUCAUCAACACCAAAUGACUUUUAAAGAAACAGGGCGGCCAAAGAUAUAUUUUUAAUCACUCUUACUCAGAAUGUAGCCCAUCAACGUAAACACGUUGGCGCUGGCACUAGUUAGGAAAGCAAAUAAUCUCUAUUAUGUCGUUGUGUGGACUGCUUGCCUAAAUCAUCUUGACUUCUCACCUCAGGAGAUAUUGUUAGCUAAAAAAAAAAGAUAUUACAUAGAAAUUUUUAUUACCAUUCAAUUCACAAUCAUCUAAUGAACAAGAACGCAAAUGUUGACGCGUUAAGCUUAAAAUUAGUAAGACAUGCUGGCGACUUGUAUAAAUCUCACAUCGAAAGUGAUACAGCGAUAUGUUCAGAAUGUGAUUAUGUAUUUAGCAGAGCUGAAGAAGUUGCUAAGCCACAGAGGGGAAGGAUUGUUGCAGAGUCUAAUGCAAAAAAAGUAAAACAGUCGCUAGAUAUGCUAGAAGUUACGUAGUAAAAAUGACCAUAGCUGCUCCAUCUCUAAAAAAAAUGUUUAAUUAGCCAAAAACGACCUUGUUUUAAAAGCAAACGUGCUAAUAUAAUGCUAUGAGGUAUGUUAGUUAGUAGUAUCAUACAAUUAGUAACAGAAAGACAGAACAUGAGUUUUCUUUAUGUACAAAGUUUUCUAUAGCUAACCAGCUACAUUAAAAGUUCAGAUGAGCUUCUAUUAACCAUUAAUAUUGAUAUAUAUUAAAACAUAUAUAAAACCAUGCUAGGGGGCACGGUGGUUUAGUAGUUAGCACGUUCGCCUCACACCUCCAGGGUUGGGGGUUCGAUUCCCGCCUCCGCCUUGUGUGUGUGGAGUUUGCAUGUUCUCCCCGUGCCUCGGGGGUUUCCUCCGGGUACUCCGGUUUCCUCCCCCGGUCCAAAGACAUGCAUGGUAGGUUGAUUGGCAUCUCUGGAAAAUUGUCCGUAGUGUGUGAGUAUGAGAGAGUGUGUGUGUGUGUGUGCCCUGCGAUGGGUUGGCACUCCGUCCAGGGUGUAUCCUGCCUUGAUGCCCGAUGACGCCUGAGCACAGGCUCCCCGUGACCCGAGGUAGUUCGGAUAAGCGGUAGAAAAUGAAUGAAUGAAUAAAACCAUGCCAACGUCUUGUGCUGGCUAGCUAAAUUUCUGCUAGCAAUGCUGCUAUUGCUGUUUAUAACAGCUAGACUAGACAUCCAGACAGACAUCUUAUCUUGAUACAAAGAUAAAAAAUAAAUAUUCUUAUGUCAUUUAUUUUAUUUUAAUCAAGCUUAUGUUCAGUACAAAAGGCUAAUCCUAGCUAGCUACAUUAGGAGCCACUUCAAAUGCUUAAUUGUCGUUGUUAAAAUAGUAAAAGUAUAAACUAAAGCUAUGAUUUUAGAAGUUACUAUGCUAACAACUAGUGUAGGUUAUAACUUCUCUAAACACUUCAACGCUAUUCGUAGAAUUGACCUUUAGAUAGAUUGACAGAUACCACUGUUGCUUAUAGACUAUAAAAAGGUUUCAGAUAUAUUUUUAAGGUAAAUGUAUUUAAAUCGAAUGUUUUGAUAAAGAAAAAUGAUUUGCAGAAUCCUGAAGUAAAGCUAGCUAGUUUCAGUAGAUUUUCCUGUUAAAAAUAGACUUAAACUCGCUUAAUGACGUGUUCAGCUGCUAAAAUAGUUUACAUCAGUUUAUACAUAAGCAUGCUGUGAGCAUACUAGUAGGAAAUGCUAGUUACUUGUAAUGCUAGCAAUGAAUAAUCUACAGGUGGUAAGAAAAGGUUUUGUUUAAUUCAAAAUACUAAACCAGCUAGAUACAUUAAAAGCUACACUCAGAUGUAUUCAGUAAAAUAGUGAAACUAAUUACAAUCUACGUUUUGGUUCAACAAGUAGAAAAUGUGAACAAACAAACUAGCUAGCUGUUAGCUUUGCUAGCGCCACUGUUGCUGCUCGGUAUCAAGAUCAGCGGCUCCAAGAUAGCUGCUUUAUUAUUCAUUCUGUUCAGAAAUUCAGAAAAUGCUUUUUAACCCAACAGUUUUACGUGAGGAUGUGAUUUUAUUUUUUAAUCGUGACAUUUUCAAGAUGCUGACCUUGGUUUUUUAACAAUAUUAGCUGCAUAGCUUUCGGUGAAAUGAUAACGAUCAAGCUUGACACACCGGACUUGUCUUUGUUGACUAGGUACAUUUAGAUUAGGAAGGAAAUAAAAGGGUGUAAAUUUGUAUUUUUGGCUGAACUGUUUGUUUAAAAGUAACAAGGAUUAAGAGGAAAUAAGAAAUGCCGGACGAAGCUAUGCUGGUUGGUGCGAACAGAGUCGUGGCCUUCGAGUCAGGGCAAUAAAGUGAAGUGUUUUUGCUUCUGUAUACUCGAGUGUGACAUCGAGCCAAAGAGAAGCUCUGCUGUUUUUUUUUUCUUUUUUAUUUCUUUCUAUUUUUAUUUCCUCCACAUGUAGCGUAACAUGUUCAAUAGUCAUAGGAAGCAGUGACACGGCCAUGUUUCAUCGAGCUAGUGAUCGUUACCUCUUGUAAUGUGUGUGUGUGUGUGUGUGUGUGUGUGUGCGUGUCAGGAAUAAUAUGAAGUAAGAAUAAAAGCCUGGAGUGUAUUGUACUUUGGAAAAUACCGAUGACUUGUAAGAUAUACGUGUAUUAAAAAUGUAUUUAUUGUACAGCGAAUGAAUCUAAUUCUUUUCAUAUUUAUAUGGACGUUUUAUAAAUAUUAAUAUAUACUGUACUACAUUUUGGAAUAUGUAUUGCUCCCCUGUUCCAGAUGUAUAUAUGUCUAUAUUUUUUCAUGUAAAAAAAAAAUGCUGUAAAAUAGUUGUACAUUUUUUUUUUUUUUUUCUUUUUCUUAUUAUUUUUUUUAGAAUGGGUCGAUACAUGUUCUGUCAUGUACAAAUACAUAUUUUUGUAUUGCAUGUGGCUAUUAUUCUGUAAAUGAUCCACUUUUUCUUUUGUUUUCCUCUUUGAGAAACAAUAAAGCUGUGCUCGCAUUUCUAAA